CUCGCCGUUCCCAAUAUCCCAAUAGUCUGCUCGACCUAACCUUUCGGCCUCCAAAUUGUUUUUAUGUAACUCAUCUCCCUCACGGCUUCUCACGGCAUGGCAUGAAUGACGGGAGUUGACGGGCAGCUGAUCCGCGUCGUUCUGAGGCCCUUUCACAUGUAAUCGAAAUUAAAUCAUCGGCCCCGGUAGUUAUCCGAAAAAAAAUUAUUUAUUUUCUUGAAGAGUCUCACAGUUUCAGGUCACUAAACUCUCUUAGUUAAUCAAGUACUCUUCUGCUCAGAAAGUGCCUAUCUGUCAAAGAAAAACGAUGGGUACGAGUCAGAGCUCGCGCAAAUUGACGAUCGCGAACGACGAGGACGACGCCAAUGUCAUCAAGAUCUCGGACGCGGUAGCUCAGAGGCUGUCCGAGUCCGCGGCUGCGGCUGCCCAGAGCCAGCAGCCGUCAGCCAAGUCGCCGGUUCAAAUGUCAGCUGUCGCUGCUUUGCCUGCCAGAGGACCCCUGCCCAUGCACCAAGAGGCAGGUGAGGGUUACUACCCUCACUUCACGAUAACUGCCCUUGAAGUCAAACAGCAAAAGGAACAAGAACUCCACGAGCAACAACUUUACUGGAAGCAGCGCCUGCAGAACUUGGAAAAAAGCCAUCAAAAUAUCAACCGCACCUUUGAUGAGGAGUACAAGAAAGCUCUGUCUUACUUCGAUGAUUGCAGAGAUAUCAACAUCCAGUUCACAGCGAGGCCAUGUGACGAAAAUAAAGAAAAAGUUCUCAAAUGCUACCAAGAAAAUUUAAGGGAAACGUUAAAAUGUUCCGAUUUGGUGCAACAAUUUUCCAACUGCGUAGAUCAGCGUCGAGCAAAUCUUAUGAAAUGCAACUAACACUUGCCAAUUAGGUUUUUUGGAAAACAAUUUUUGUUUUACUCCUGAUGAAAUAAAUAACUUCUAGUUGUUGGUAACUUACAAUAAUUUAUGAGCUGUGGAACGUUUUGAAAUAAGAGUGAAUGUUUGAGUGCUAUUUGAAACUGCUGUAAUAUACAUAUAGAAAAGUCUUGAUUGUAUCAUUUCUAACUCCACAAGGAUUGGUCAAGAGAAAGC